UUCAAGGGGCAGCGUCCGUCCAGCGCCCCGCGGCCCAUCCAACAAACUACGGACGGAAGAAGGCCCACAAAGCCACGGAAGCCACCAACGUAACUACGGGCAGCACGCCAUCGCAGCCCGACAACACCAACAACGAUGCUGGCCAAGAUGAGCCCGCGCGUCCAGCCCCUGGAACACGACCCCGAGUCUCCUGCCCCGCGUUUACAAACGCCCCCCGGACCGUCCAGUGGGACACAACAACCCUUCGCCGACACGAUGGACGAGCAGUGGCCCGGGCCCGAUUCGCCCCCGAAGACCAGCACGCCCUCGUUCCACAAUUACGAUGAUGAGGAAGAGAAGGACCCCGACGAGGUCUUCGGUCCGCUGCGGAAUCGAGCCUCGGCUUUGAGAGGUGCGGCGGAGAACGGCGACGCCUCGGCGCAAGUACGGUUGGGUUACAUGUACGUCGAUAUAGGAGAUCGUACAAAUGCGGAGGACUUUUUUGGGAGAGCAGCCAGGAAUCAUGAUGCGGACGCCCACUACGCCCUGGGCAUGCUCGCCAAAAGUGGACCGGAAGCGUCAUCUACCGAUGCCGCGGAGGUCGAGGCAGCUUAUGCGGCAAGUGCCAGACAUCUGUCGCGGGCGGCGAAGCAGGGCCACUCCUGGGCGGCCUACCACCUCGGGGACGCGUAUGCGCGAGGGGUCGGUGUUGUUAGGGACCUGAAGAUCGCGGAACGGUUUUUACGUUCAGCUGCUGCUGCCGGGUGUAUCCCUGCGAUGAACGCCCUAGGCGCCUGUCUCGAACGUUCAGCGAGAAAUCCCGUCACCGAGACCUUAGAUGUCCCCGAAGACGUCUUUACCAGUAAGCCUCCUGAGGAGGAGGACUCACCGAGCAAAGCUAAAUCUGGAAGAGACCGGAAACUCAAGGACGCGUGUGUCUGGUACGCUCGCGCGGCCAAAGCCGGGGAUCGCGACGCGCAGUGCAAUUUGGGGCGGUGCCACUACCUGGGCAUCGGCGUGCCCCGGGAUCCGUCGCGUGCCCUUGACGUCUGGCUGCUGGCCGCGGACCGGGGCUGUCCGGCCUCGUGCAACAACGCGGCGGCAUUACUCGCGAGGAAAGCCGCUGAUGAUGCGGGCGAGGGCGUGUUAGCCUUAGAAGCUGAAAGGUUAUUACUACAAGCUGCGGAGUUGGAGAGUACCACCGCUCGCUUCAACGUCGCUGUGAUUCGCUCAGCAGGUCUAGGGGACGUUGUGAAACAUGAAGAGGAAUCAAUAAGGCAGUUGAGGCAGUCUGCUGAAUCAGGUGAGCCCGCGGCGAAUUUGGCUUUAGGUGACGCCUAUGCGGCGGGCAUCGGCGUGCCCCGCCAAUCGGACAAGGAGGCGUUUCGGUGCUACAAGGUGGCCGCGGCCGCCGGCGAGCCCGACGGCCAGUAUCGGUUGGGCUUGUGCUAUGAGCGGGGCAAGGGCUGCAUGGGCGACGCGCAGCGGGCGAUGCGGUUGUACGAUGCGGCUGCUAGGGCGGGUCACUUGGCAGCAGCGGCUCGGGCGGGUGCCAUGCAGACGGGGGGCGAGGAGUAUUAAGGUACUUACAAAUAUCCGCGUCGAUGGCGUCGAUGGCGUCGAGGCGCUCCUUGCGUCCGUCGGGACGACCGAGGGCCCGGCACGCCAUCGAGGCGCCGUCCCACGCGGCGGCGGCUCACAGAAUGGAG